AAACCCUACGGCACCUCACCAGAAGAGAAAAACCCCAGAGUAAUCUCUCAUCCACCGCCUCCCUUUUCUUCCUUCCCCUUCUAUAUCUCUGCAACUUUCUAGGGUUUUGUUUCUCGUCACCCAGAAAUCUUCAAUAAAUCUUAAACCCCUUAAACCCUCAAGUUCUUUACUUUCUUGUGAUCCAUCAGAAUUCAACUCUCCCUGUAAAACCCCAGUUUCUCUCUUUGUUUGGAGCUCUUAUUUCCUCUCUUCGAAUUUCAAAGCUCCCCAAAACCCUUGAGCUCUUUACUUUUCUCGAUUGAUCGAUUGAAUUUCAAAACCCCAUAUCUUCUUUAAACCCCCUGUUGUCUGUUUCGUUAAUGGCAGAUUCAUCCAGCUCCAACGGUGAACAGAAGUACCGCCAGUACCACCCGUACCAACAAUUCAACAUUCCAAUUCAGAACCCCUACAACCUCCCCACAUCCCCUGAAUAUCUCUUCCAUGAAGAGGCUGCAAAGCCUCAUCGCUCGUGGGGCGAGAAUCUCCAGUACUAUACAGGCUUUGGCUAUCUCUCUGGAGCGGUUCUUGGAGGUCUCUAUGGCUCUCUCCGAGGCGUCAGGGAGGCAGAGUUAGGUGAUACCCUUAAACUGCGAGUCAAUCGCGUCCUUAACGCAGGGGGACAUUCAGGGCGUCGGUUUGGGAACUCUCUUGGGGUUCUUGGAUUGAUAUAUGCUGGUAUGGAGAGUGGACUUGUGGCUUCGAGAGGCACUGAUGAUAUUCUCAAUACAGCCUUGGCAGGAUUGGGAACAGGGGCCCUUUACAGGGCGGCUGCAGGUCCCAGGUCCGCAGCCAUUGCUGGAGCUAUAGGAGGCAUCGCAGCAGCAGUUGUAGCUGGGGGGAAGUAUGCGGUGAAGAGAUAUGUGCCCAUAUGAGUAUGGAUUCUAAGUUUUUACAUUGGUUUUGGUUUUUGAUAUUUAAAGUAUUGUUCUUUAUGACAUUGGUAGUUUGAUUAUAUAAUUUGUCGACUUUUCUUUGGCUCUGUGGAUGUUUUUUUUCUUGAUAGUGCCUCUAUUGAUGUUCCCGUGGGAAUUUGAAUUUGUUGCCCAUGCUAAAAUUCUAAGAAAUUGAAUUCAUCUUC